GUACCAUCAGUCAGUAUAAAAAAUGCCCUUUAUAAACCUAUUCUCUGUAUAUCGAAGUUCAUAAAACAAAGGGCUCUCCCAGCCUUUCCAUGAAAUCUAUUCAGCUUCAUUUUUAACCUUCUGCUCUGUUUCUUUUCUUUUCCCGUAAGUAAUCCCUAGGUUACUUUAAUGCUAAUGGCAAAAACCAAUAUUUACCUUACACUUUUGCUUCUCUUAAGCGUCCUAAAAUGGGUUCAAUCAACACCACACUCAUCAACCAACUACGUUCAAGAUGCAUGCAGUGUAACCCGAUACCGUGCCCUUUGCAUCAACACACUAGCACCCUUUUCCACCACUGCUAAAACAAGUCCAAGCAAAUGGGCACGGGCUGGGGUUUCAAUCACCAUUGGAGAAACCAAGAAAGUCACUCAAUACUUAAUGAAAGUGAAGAAUUACAGAACGAUGAAAGGGAGUUACAAAAUCCCACUCUCGGAUUGCAUCGAGUGUUUACAAGAUGCUAUCGACCAACUACACGGCUCACUUGGGGUUCUCAGGAAGCUUAAUGCCAGAAAUUUUUACGCACAAAUGGGGGACAUAACCACAUGGUUGAGUGCAGUUCUUACUGAUCAGGAAACUUGCUUGGAUGGUUUCGAGAAUCCGAGAGGAAAACAAGCCAAAAUGGUGCGGAAUCGGGUUUUGAGGUCCUCGUAUUUUACUAGUAAUGCAUUGGCUUUGGUCAAUAAACUUGCAGCCUCUGGGUUGGACAACACGGUAGCAUGAUAUGUAUUCAGUAUAGUAAUAAGAGCCACCAGGCAUCAACUAGUAUUUUGUUUCCAUGCAGCUAUGUAUGAAUUGAAUAUUAAUAGCUUGUUCAUGUGAUUCGUAAAGCUCUUGCUUUUAAAGCUUUGUUUUGUUUUAGGGUCACUCUUUGUUUCAGCUAAAAUGGCUAAAACGGGGUUUAGUUGAAAUCUACCAUUUCAAAGCACAAGCAAUCUUGUAGGAAAUGUAAGUUAGAAUUCGAGGGAAAUUAGUCACCUUAAGCUUUGUCAGUAUUUGUCUGUUUUCUUCUUAUUCAGCUGGCUAACUAAAGUACAAAUUAUUCUUUUAUUUAGUGCUUGAAACAAUUUGGUUAA